GAAGAUGCAUUCGCUGAAGAUGACCCUGAAUACCGAGUAUAAAUCGUCUCAUCGGCUUCAUAGCAUUCAUCAGUUCAUUCUUCGGCUUCGUCUUGUGAACACACUCUACAGCACAUUCAACAUGUUCAAGGUUCUUGCCCUGAUUGCCUGUCUGGCUAUCGUUGCCUCGGCUCAGUACCAUGGUGAUCACUACGAGCACAAGGAACACUACGCACACCCGAAGUACAAGUUCGAGUAUGGAGUGAAGGACCCGCACACCGGUGACCACAAGACCCAGUGGGAAGUGCGUGAUGGCGAUGUCGUCAAGGGAGCCUACACUCUGCACGAGGCCGAUGGAACCGAGCGUGUGGUCGAGUACAAGUCGGACGGGCACAACGGAUUCGAGGCCAACGUGAAGAACGUAGGACAUGCUCAUCACCCGCAGGUGUAUGGUGGACACUCGUCGCAUGGACAUCAUGAGUACGCUCACGGACCAGGAGCCAGCUACACCAAUGUGGACAAGCAUUACUGAAUCCAAUGUUCCGGAACAAAUAGCUCAAUUUGAAAAAUUAUGUGGAAAUAGUAAAUGAAUCAA